ACAGUUUCUUCUCAUUGCAACAAUUCCACCACCAGAUAUAUAUCCAAUCCAUAUAAACAAUAAUUACAUAAAUUAACAUAUCAAUCUUCAUUUGUAGAUCACCAUCUCUAAGUUAAUCAGCUCAUACUAAAUAUAAUACGUAGUACUACCUAUCUACAUAGUCUAUUUACAUAGGUUAUCUUAUUAUUUCUUUGUAUAGUACGUGUUGAGAUCUUCAUGGCCGGAGCAAGCAUCCCUUACCCACAGCAGACGGCACCGAUGGCGCCAGUCAUCGGCCCGGAAUUCGUUGCUCCGUAUGGGGUAGAUCUGGCCUUUGUGAGGAAGGUGAGGAUACUUUUCCAACAAGAGAAGUAUGAAGUAUUGGGCGUGGACGGGAACGUGAUGUUCAAGAUCAAAAGCAACCUAUUCCUUAAUCGGGAUCGCAUACUCUUGCUCGAUGCUGCCGACAACCCCGUCGCCACUUUACAACAAAAUCUAUUUAGUCUACACAGUAAAUGGAAAGUAUUCAGGGGUAAAAGCACAGACUCAAAAGACCUUCUUUUUAGGCUGAAAAAAGCAUCUCUUUUCGGGUUCAAGACAAAGCUGAACGUUUACUUAGCAGCCAACACCAAAGAAGAGGUGUGCGAUUUUUACAUGGAUGGGAGCUGGAGCAGGAAAUCCUGCAUGGUGCAUGCAAAUGGAGGAGGGGUUGGGGUUGGGGGUGGGAGUGAGUCCUCUGCAAUUGUUGCCCAAAUGCACAAGAAACACAUGGCUGGGAAGACAGCUGCUGGGAAAGUCAACUUCUGGAUGGCUGUCCAUCCAAACGUUGAUUAUGCCUUCAUCGUUUCUCUUGUUGUCAUUCUUGAGGAUAUCCACCGGCAGAGAUCGAACCAGGAAAUGGGAGGAAACAUGGUAGACAUGGGAAACACAUAAAAGAGAGUGGAUAUCAGAGCUGAGAAAUUAAGGAUGCAUGGAUUGCAAAUAAUGUGUAUAUAUAAAGAAUGUGGUUGUAUAUUUGAAAUUAUAAAAUGAUAUUUUUUUUUUGGCUGAAAAUUAAAUGAUACGGAGUACUACGCAUUGUUAUUUUUUGUUACAUUUGUUUUGUUAAAGAUCGAGCUUUAAGUGAUGAAGUUACAUUUCGGUGGGUUACGUUGGUUUCAAGGAUUUAUAUAGUUGAAGCUUCUAAGUUAAGUUGGAUUUAUUCAAAUGAAACUACUCACUU